AUGGCUUCCGAAGCUCCUGUCAGGAAGGCUUUCAUCACCGGUAUUACUGGCCAAGAUGGAUCUUACCUUACAGAAUUUCUGCUCUCCAAGGGCUACGAGGUCCACGGUAUCAUCCGUCGUUCUUCCAACUUCAACACCCAGCGUCUCGACCACAUCUACCGCGAUCCUCACGUGUCUUCGGCUAAGCUGAAGCUUCACUACGGUGACUUGUCCGACGCUACCGCUCUUCGUCACUGGCUUGACCAGAUCAAGCCAGAUGAGGUCUUCAACCUCGGUGCUCAGUCCCACGUCGGUGUCUCCUUUGAGAACCCCGAGUACACCGCCGAUGUCGUCGGUACGGGAGCUCUUCGGUUGCUUGAGGCUGUUCGCAAUCACAUUGAGAAUUCCGGACGUACCGUGAAGUACUACCAGGCUGGAUCUUCAGAAAUGUUCGGCGCUACCCCUCCUCCCCAAGACGAGAACACCCUCUUCCACCCCCGGUCUCCUUAUGCCGUGUCCAAGGUGGCUGCUCACUGGUACACUGUGAACUACCGCGAGGCUUACGGCAUGUUCGCCUGCAACGGUAUUCUCUUCAACCACGAGAGCCCGAGGCGUGGUGAGAACUUCGUGACGAGGAAGAUCACCCGCGCUGUCGGUCGCAUCAAGGUUGGGCUUCAAAAGAAGCUGUACCUUGGCAACCUGAAGGCUUCCCGUGAUUGGGGUUUUGCCGGCGACUACGUCAAGGGUAUGUGGCUGAUGCUCCAGCAGGAGCAGCCUGAUGACUACGUGCUGGCCACUGAGGAGUCGUUCACUGUGGAGCAGUUCCUGAUCGCAGCCUUCGGCUACGUUGACCUGGACUGGAAGGAGUACGUCGAGAUUGAUCCCCGCUACUUCCGCCCGUCCGAGGUGGACAACCUGCGCGGGUCCUCGGCCAAGGCCCGGGAAAAGCUUGGGUGGAAGCCCGAGGUGGACUUCAAGAAGCUGGUGGCGAUGAUGGUUGACUCGGAUUUGGACAAGGCUAAGAGGGAGCAGGUUUUGGUUGAGAACGGCUUCUUGGACAGCAACUUCCAGCCCUAA